ACGUUCCACGUAACGUGAGAAAAACGCUGAGCCACACGUGUCGCGGUCUCGUCUAGUUUAAGCAAACUCUCUCUCUCUCUCUCCCCUCUACACACACACAGCGUUUAACAUCACUCUCUUCUUCUCAAUCCUGAAUCGUCUUUUCGGAUAUGGCUUUCAAGGUUACCGUCGUCUCAACAUCCCCCAUCGAUGGCCAGAAGCCCGGAACCUCUGGUCUCCGUAAGAAGGUGAAAGUGUUCAAGCAACCCAAUUACCUUGAGAAUUUUGUGCAAGCAACGUUUAAUGCUCUUACUCCUCAGAAAGUCAAAGGUGCCACGCUCGUGGUCUCUGGUGAUGGUCGCUACUACUCAAAGGAUGCUGUUCAGAUCAUAAUUAAGAUGGCAGCGGCUAAUGGUGUACGCCGUGUGUGGGUUGGUAAAAACACUCUGAUGUCAACUCCUGCUGUGUCAGCUGUGAUUCGUGAAAGAUCCGGGGCUGAUGGAUCGAAAGCAACUGGAGCAUUUAUCUUAACAGCAAGUCACAACCCUGGUGGCCCUACUGAGGAUUUUGGAAUCAAAUACAAUAUGGAAAAUGGAGGGCCUGCUCCUGAAUCAAUCACUGAUAAGAUUUACGAGAACACUAAGACAAUCAAGGAGUACCCAAUAGCAGAAGAUCUACCCAAUGUUGAUAUUUCUGCCAUUGGUGUAACCAGUUUUGAAGGUCCUGAAGGAAAAUUUGAUGUUGAAGUUUUUGAUUCCGCAGAUGACUACGUUAAACUAAUGAAGUCAAUCUUCGACUUUGAAUCCAUCCGAAAGUUACUUUCAUCUCCAAAAUUUACGUUCUGUUAUGAUGCCUUGCACGGUGUUGCUGGGGCCUAUGCACACCGCAUCUUUGUAGAAGAACUCGGUGCGCAAGAAAGUGCCUUGUUGAACUGCGUACCCAAGGAGGACUUUGGCGGAGGACAUCCGGAUCCCAAUCUGACAUAUGCGAAGGAGCUUGUGGCACGAAUGGGACUAGGUAAAUCCGACACUGGAGGUGAACCUCCAGAGUUUGGUGCCGCUGCUGAUGGUGACGCAGACCGUAACAUGAUCCUGGGUAAAAGGUUCUUUGUAACUCCUUCGGAUUCAGUUGCCAUAAUUGCUGCAAAUGCCAUUGAAGCCAUCCCGUACUUCAGCUCUGGUUUGAAAGGUGUUGCAAGGAGCAUGCCAACCUCAGCUGCUCUAGAUGUUGUUGCAAAAAGCUUGAAUUUGAAGUUCUUUGAGGUUCCAACAGGCUGGAAGUUUUUUGGUAACCUGAUGGAUGCCGGGAUGUGUUCUGUCUGUGGAGAAGAAAGUUUUGGAACUGGCUCCGAUCAUAUCCGUGAGAAAGAUGGGAUAUGGGCAGUUCUUGCGUGGAUGUCCAUACUUGCUCACAAGAACAAGGAUAGCAUAGACGGUGACACUAAACUGGUGACGGUUGAAGACAUUGUCCGCCAGCACUGGGCUACCUAUGGCCGUCACUACUACACUCGUUACGACUAUGAGAAUGUAGACGCAGGUAAAGCCAAGGAACUGAUGGAGCAUUUGGUUAAAUUGCAAUCUUCAAUUCCUGAAGUCAACAAGAUUGUGAAAGGAAUUCGUUCGGACGUGGCGAAUGUCUCCAGUGCGGAUGAGUUCGAGUACAAAGAUCCAGUUGAUGGUUCCAUCUCAAAGCACCAGGGUAUCCGUUACUUGUUUGAGGAUGGAUCGCGACUUGUUUUCCGUCUGUCGGGAACUGGCUCGGAAGGAGCAACCAUCAGGCUCUACAUUGAACAGUACGAGAAGGAUGCUUCGAAGAUUGGACGAGAGUCCCAGGAAGCUCUGUCUCCACUGGUUGACAUAGCUCUAAAGCUGUCCAAGAUGGAGGAGUUCACGGGCCGAUCAGCCCCCACCGUCAUAACUUAAGAGGGUGGUCAGAAGUACAAACGAUCUCAAAUCUUACACUUAUGUCUGUGUCUAAGGGAUACUUUCUUCUCACUCUAUAUGAAUAAAUAAGCCUCAGGGAGACUUCACAUUUCUUUUCGGAAUCUUGAACAAGCCUGUUUUGAGUUAUCGCGAAGAGCUUUAUACUUGUUUGGAUUUGACUUUUCUCGGUUUUGUUUUCUUGUUUUACAUCUAUUA